AUGGGUGUGUGUUGGUGGGGGUGGUUUUUGGGGGAGUUUUGUUGUUUGUUUUUUUUUUUGUUGGUGUGUUGGGGGGGUUUGUUUUUGUGGUGUUGGUUGUGGGGUAUUUUUGGUUGUAUGUGUUUUUUGGAUUGUUGGUGGGGUUUGGUUUGUAUAAAUUGUUUUGUGGUUUUGUUUGGUGGUAUAUGUUGUGUGGUGGGUGUUGUGUGUUUUUGGGGUGUUGUUGGGUUUGGUUGGGGUGUGUGGGUUUGUUGUGGUGUUUUGGGGGGGGUGUAG